GCUGCAUUAGUAUCAACGGGGUUGGCAAUCAAAUAAACUUCAAUAGGUGGUAGUGAUUUAUGAAAUAAGUAAAAUAUUAGAAACUAAUUGAAUAUAUUUUUAAUUUCAAAAAAUCCAAUUUGAUACAAAAUCGUUACUGUUUUCUUUAUUAGAGUUGUGUUUCAUUGAAAGUUUCCAGAAAUACCCACACCCAUAUAUACAUUUGUACAUAUGUAUGUAUGAAUGUUCAUAAAACCGAACUAGAAGUGCGAGUGAAUAUGGUCAAUGGUCAAAAUAGUGCCCGAAAUGAGGAACAGUGGUGUAUUAAUUGGAAAAUUAGUAUAUCUUUGCGAAUGAAGACAAUUCUGGACUCACGAAACUCUUUAAUAAAAGAGAAAAGAAUGACAAAAGGAUAACCAAUUAGCGAAAAAACUUUCUAAAUGAAUUUAACUUAACAUCUUCAAAAUGCACUCCUUUACAGCAGUGGAUGAACAAGAGCUACGUAAAAUUAUGUUACGAAAUGUUGCCAAAUUUAAAAAACAGCUAGCAGUUAAAACGAUAAAAAUUAGAAGACGCUUAACUGCAGCAUCUAAAAAGGAAAAUUUUAGAGCAAAAUCCAAAAAAUUAAUUACCGUUCCUUAUACCAUAUUAAAAUUACAUUUGCAGUUAACACAGCAUCAGCAGCUAUUUUCCUUAAAACUACAUCAUACAUCUAAAGUUAAUUUAAUCCGCAGAUAUGCGCAUACGAUAAUCAUGGACGAACCCUUAUAACCUAGUGCAUUUUAAUACAAUAAUUAAAAUAAAAGAACUCAAAUUAUUUAUUCUGCGAUAUAAGCGGAGUAUUGGUGUGCUCGGAAAAUAACAAUAUUUGGAAAGCAGAAAAUUAGGAUUGCAUUAUUAUCAAAUAUUUAUAUUUAUAUAUAUGUAUUCAUUUACAUAAUUGUAAAAUGUAAAAUAUAAACUAUUACAAUUGCAAUAAAUACAUUUUACAAGUAAUGUACGCGUCCAGCGAAGGCUUAUAAAAUGACGUCUCGUUCUCAGAGCAGCCAUUAUUAUAACAGAGAAAACGAUGCCUUAUCAAGCAAUAGCCGAAAAAUUAAUAACACUUUUCAUAGAAAAGGUAUAAAUAACCAAUAUGAAAACCAUAAUGACAUGCAGGAUAGCUACGAUAAUAAAAAUAUUUAUGGAAUCUCUAACUGUACUAUUACAGUUCAGAAACAGCCCUUUGAAAUGGUCGGUGAUGUGAAUGCGGAUGCUAGUGAUAUGAGCAGAUCAUACAGAAAUAUGUAUUGGGGCAAUAACGAUGAUUUAAUUUUAUCCGAUAUAACUUCUACUAAAGUCUCCUCAACGUCCCUGGUCGCUGGGGGGAACGAAAAUUGUACAUUUCACAUCAGUAACGGAUACAACAUCAAUGAUAAUGUUAAUUAUCGAAGUCAAAUGUAUAAAAGUUAUACUACUGAUUCAUGUAAGACUGAUGGUGAUGCCGCGGGAGUAGGUGUCAGUCCUUACAGCUACAAUGUUUCACUUGCUACCGUCGGCAGCUAUGGCCAUACUAUGUAUAAAAGAUUUGCAACAAGCGACGAUACUGCUGCUGGAUUUAAUGACACCAUCAGUGAGCGAAACUCCAAGCCCUUGUACAACGGGGGUGAAAAUGUUAGUGAACGACAUUCUCCUGUCGUCAGUGCAAAAUUGUUGCCAGAAAUACCAUAUGAUAAUAUAAAGAUGCAUCAGCCACAAUGUUUUGAUGCCAACAUACCGCAAACAACAUUUUCUGUAUUACAACUAGAAGCAGAAGUGAAGGCUAGUCCCCCACAAUAUCGUAAAAGUACCCAAAUACAAGCACCCACAGUCGUGGGGCACCACAUAACGAAUGCGACGGAUUUUUUUGGAACGUCAUAUAUCAGUGCUGUUCGUUGUACUACUGAGGAACAUAAUGAGCUCAUAAACGGUGAUUUUGUUUAUGGCGGCCCUAACAGUGGUCAUGGUGGUGGUGCUGCAGCAUCAUUACGUUUACUGCCACCAGUUCAACGUAACCAAAUAUAUGAUAAUAACAUAAUACAAACACAAUUACUUCAAGGUGAAAAUAUGCGUCCGGCUGCGCAAACAGUAUCAUCAACCACAAAAACAACAAUACCGACAAUGGCAACGGCAACAAAUAGCGAUUACAUAAUCUCCGAUAAUCCGACAAUAAGAAAAAGCUAUGAAAACCUUUCAUAUGAUGACAAAUAUAACAACAGGACGCAAGCGUCCACCAGGCAGCGGUCGCAUACAUCCAUGGGUCAGCCAGCACUUGAUGUUUUAGAAUAUGGGGAUUAUAGGGUUUCACAUAAUAAUACGUACAACAAUUGUAUUAAUAGUGGUAGCUUAUCACUGUGUAGUGAAAAUUCGUCGCAUAUGUUAGGAGCAGCACAAAAGCUACAAUUGCAGCAACAACGUAAAUAUGCGAUAAUGAUGGAAAUGACGACUGCCUCAGUGAUAGCGUCUGGCGAAACGCGCGUACCAAUGAAACGUAUUUCCGAUGGAAAACAGCCGCACUUACGAAACACUGAGCUAAGCACCUCAGGUGCCCCGCACAACGAUGAGGUGAUGUCGACGACGACCCGUGCGAAAAACGUCGAUGAAUAUGGAUUUUUGGGCAAUGAAAGUGUUUCGGCGGUGUCAAAGUUGUGUGGACGGACGUGUACGCCUGAUAAAACAAUAUUAACAGCAAUAUCAAAUACAACAAGCAAUAAAGUUUUCGCACAUUUAACGCCGGUCACAAUAUCUACAAAAAAAACAACAAAUGAUGAUAUACAAAAGAACUCAUCAGCUGACACAAGCAUGCAGUCACAAACUUACCCAAAAUCCGUCACACUGGUGGCUACAUCUAGAAAAUUGCCAAAGCGUCUGCCAACGCCAAAAUAUGACAGUUAUAGUGAUAGCAAUAGGCAUAACAACAAUAACAGCCACAACAACAACUAUCAUCACUACAUCCCUAGCAAUAGUAAUGGUAAAGUUAAUGACAUUAGUAAGAAACUGCCAAAGUUACCAGUAGAAGAUCACAAAACUGUUGCAAGUGCUAAAACUACAGACACAAAAUUUAUAUCAAAUUUAGCAGUAUCAUCAGUGUGCGUUCCAGAGGCUAUGCAACCUCAUACACUAACAUAUGCAAUUAAGGCACACAAUGUGUUAGAAACAUCAAUAGAAGCAUCAGCUUCAACAACAACGACAUCAACUACCUUGAUAUUGCCAUCAUUAACUAUGGACACAUUUAGUAGUGUUCUGACAUCCUCAUUAACAUGCUCAACACCAGUAUCAGUAUCAGAGCCAACAGCAUCCACAGCUUCAACGGCAUCCAGAUUGUCAUCAGCAUAUGUUGCAACAUCUUGUUCCCCUACAUAUUUAGCGUAUUUACCGGGUAUAAUAACAUCAUCAACAACAACAACAACAGCAACAACAACAACAACAACAGUAGCAACAACAACAACAACAACAACACCAACAACAAAUAGCGAAACAACUGCUGAUAAUUAUCUUAUCUCGUUGAAACCCAGUAAAGAAGACAAAGAAUCCAAAACUACUAAAACAGCAAUAUCGACAGCAACUACAACAACAAAAGCAAAAAGCAAUCUGUAUGAAAUACCAAAAACGAAAUUUCUCAGCAACGUUCCUUUUUUAACAUACGAAACAGAUAAUGGUACCAGCAAUCUUACUGAACUUCCCACAACGGUAGUUAGUAACGAAAUUGUGACCCCGACGUCGACGAAGAACGCGUAUAUUUUUGGUGAUAGUCACAUCAACAGCCACAAUAACAAUUGUACCGCGUUUGAUGAAAAUACUAGCAUCAACAGCAAUGCUAAUGUAAAUAAUAGCAUUAUUUGUGGUACGCCAAAAUUUGCGAUGACAAUAGCGACAACGCAGCCAACGCCAAGAGUAAUAUAUCCAAAAAUGAUACCUGCAGUCAGCAACUGUGUCUGUACUGAUGCUACCAGUAGUUUAGGUGUCAAUUUGUACGCUAGUUAUUUGCAAUCAAUAUCAACCACGUCCACCACCACGUCCUCUUUCUCAAACCCUUCAUUAGCAUCAUCCAUAAACACGCCAUCGUAUACCUUUAAUAGUAUAUCAUAUACGCCUGCCGCAUUACCUGUACUACUUAAGCCAUCAGCAGAAAUAAAAACAGCAACAACAACAACCCCAAUAUCAUUACCUACAUCAAAAGUAUCAACAAAAACCAAUUUAACAUCCACAUUUAGCAGCAACGAUAUAAGCAGCUUUAGUAAUAAUAUUUUUAAAAGUGAUAAGCUCUUAGAUAGUGAAACAAAUGAAAACUUAAAGCUAUCAGAGUGCGUAUAUUAUAUCAGCACGAAAACGAUGGACGAUAAUAGUGAUUAUAAUAUACUUGCCGAAUAUCUAAAUAACUGUGGCAAUAGUAGUAGUAAUAAUUUCAUGCUUCCGACAUCAACAAAAAUAACAACGCCAACAACAACAACCAUCUCCAUUUCAUCAAUAAUUAGCUCAGUCUCAUUGCCAUUGUCAAGUCUGAUAACAUUAAACGCUAGUAAUAGCAUGGUGACAACAACAGCAAUCACAAUGGAGUUGCCAGUAUCAAAAAUUGCGGCGACGCAAAACACUUCAAUUGAAUCUUAUCCUGACAGUAGUAUCAUCACAGCCACUUUAAGCAGUAAAAAAAUAGAGCCACAGCUCAAAACAACUAUUGAUAGCUCAACUGAUACUUUCGCUAACGCUACUACACCAAUAGCAUCAACAACAUGUACGACGAAGUAUCAACAUCAAAAGUUAAAAACAACUGAUGAAAGAGGCGACAAGAUAGACGAUUAUAAUAGCAAUAGUGCUACUGAUAUCAAAAGUGAAUUACAGAAUUAUAUAAAGAAUUUCUUAAACUGUGAUAUGUCAAAACCAAAUUUUAGUGACGACAACUUGGAUCCAUUUGACUUAUCGUUGGAAACAUGUGAAUAUAAUAAUUAUCUCAAUAUAAGCGGGUAUACAUUACAUUCAAAGGAUACAACAGCCUCAACAUCAAUACCUCCAUCUACAAUUAAAAGUGAAGAAAGGAUAGGAAACGUAACAAGCAUGCCAGAAUUUAAUAGAAGAGACAAUGCUACCCAUAAAGGUGCAACCGACGUUAUUAUUCCAAUAGCGACACCAACAACAGCCGCAACAAUAGUUGGCGUUGGCAUUAUGGAGUUUCUAUCGACUUUGACGCCUUCUACAAUAACAACAUCUGUAGUAAGCAGCGAUGGUAAUAUUGUUGAUGCAACUAAAUGUAGAGAUAUUAUAUCUACAAAGACAACAAUGCCGGUGUUGACAACUGCAACAGAACAGUCAAUUGCCAGGGCUUUCGAUGACAACUUUUAUGAUAGCUUUAGCGUGGACUGGUCCACGUUAACGCCGUUUACCGCUGUUGAAGGGUUUGAUGCAUCAACAGAAAGUACAGCUGUUAUUUCUGACAGUAAUGUAAAUUAUGCGGCAGCAGUGUCUAGUAUUUUAACCGUAUCAGGAACUACUCCUAGUGCAACAGCUAUCAGCCGCGUUAAUCUCGCAGCUGAGGGCGGUUAUUAUCGUCCGAUGUCAGCAUUAAAAACUACAACAACAACAGAAACAUCAGCUGCCGCCACAACAAUAGGUGCUCCAUUUAGUGUUGCCGGUAAGGCUACUAGCGUGUUCGGCGGUAUUUCGAAGGGAUUGAAAGGUGGUCUAGACGGCGUGUUAAACGGUGUUAAUAUUGCCGCUACAAGCGAAACUAAUACAAAAGAACAGCAACAACAUUCAUCGAAAAAGAGUGGUUUCGGUUUCGGUUUGGCAUCGAAGUAUGUGCCAAACGUUGGCGGCUUACUAGCCGGCGCUGCUACAGUUGCAGUGCAACAAACUAACAACGUGGUGAAGGCAGGUAAAGGCAGCAGCGAUACUGCAACGGGAGCAAAAAUGACGGACCCAACAGCAACAGCAACAAAUGCAAAAGCCAUUGCGGUUCCAACGAAUGCAAUGCAGUACCCGAUAGCAAGCGUUACAUGCGAAGCAGCAGCAAGCAGCAAUACCAGUAAUAGAAAUUACGAUACUAAUGUAACCAUAAUUCAACAUCAUUUGGACCAAUACGGUGAGCUAUUGUAUACGAACAGCCACAUUGACAAUAUGAAGAUGACAUCACAUGAGAUUAGCGACAACGCGGGUUUUGACCAAAAAAUGAAUAUACGAUCUGAGGAUAUGCUGCUGAAUGCUAUACACAUAAUGCGUGACAAUAGCCACGAUUGUGUUAGCAGUGUUAACAACAUUACAUAUAUACAACAGACAGAUGUAGUGCUGACAAGUGAUAACACAAAUACUUGCUAUAAUAGCGGUGGUUACAAUUCAACCAAUGUGAUGACCGACAAAGAUAUAUUGAUUAAUGAGUAUGGGUGCACUGAUUAUAAUAAAGGCUACGAGGAAGAUAUACUACAGGCUGGUGCUGAUAAACAUUCCGUAACUUAUGCUAAGCAGAGAACAGUCGAUGAUAGUAUGCGUUUUGUUGGCACAGACGAUAGUAUGACAAAUAAUACAGCUUUGAUAAAUGAAAGUACGGUAGCAACAUAUUAUCGUUUGCGACAACGAUUUAGCAAUGAACAUAAGUCACAGCUACAACAGCAGCAAGAGGUGGAAAGGGAAUCUUCAUUCACGAAGGAAGCCACAUCUUCGCUGUUGCCAACUGUCACAAAUGUUACCGCACAGACACAGAGCCAACGUCUAACCACCGGCGACAUCUGUACAAGUAUUCACAUGCUGCCACUGCCGACAGCAACAACAGUGGAAACUAAAAUCACUACUGGUGGUGGUGGCAGUGGUGGAAUUUCCGGCGGUGGUAUGUUUGGUUCUUUUCUGGGCAAAGCAGCUGCUGCUGUACAAUCCGCGACACAAGCUGUCAACCAGGCUACCACAGCCGUACAACAGAAGGCGGCACCCACAGCGGUUAUUUCAGCAACAACGACUGCAGCAACAUCUCCAACAAUAACAGCAGCGGAAACUGCUGCACUUGCGGAGAACAACGAUUACAACUUUCAUCAUCAUCAGCAGCAGCAGCCAGAAAGGCAGCAAACAAUGCUAAUGCACCAAAAGUCAGUGUCAAACCAAUACUCAGCUACCGCAGCAAUUAGCGCUGAUUUCGUCAAUAGAAAUUUAUAUAAUUACAAUAAUAAUGCAGGAACGGAUGCGACUUUCACGUGUACAGCCUCACCGGAUGCUGCAACAUUAGAAUAUCCAAAUUACCAUUUAAAUAGUAAUCCAAGCCAGUUGCGAAACCAACAGCAAACCAGUAAAUUGUUACCGACGGUGCCAACGGCUGGAUCCGCCGGUAAAAAGCUGCCCACCAUCAAUACUUGUAAGCCCGGCUUUUUGAUAAAACAACAGCCAACGGAAGUCUAUGAUGAAGAUUUAAUUAUCGACGAUGUAAGCGACACCAAUGUGCAUCAGUUGAGCAACGGCGACGGCAUCGAAGAAAACGAUGGCGGCGUCGAUGAAAAUGAUGGUGAAAUCAUUGAUAAAAAAAAUGAAAAUGAUUUAAGUGAUAUUGAGGUUAUUGAUUACCAUGAUGACGGUGAAUUAAACCUUAACAUCGCUGAAGGUCAUAAUGGCAAUAAGCUGAAUCCAAAACAGCAAUGCUCUCAGCAGCUAGAGCCGAAUUACGAGAUCGAUAGUGAGCAUGCUAAUUACUACAUAGAUUCCCAGUUGCAUGCGCUACCGCCUGAUGUGCAGCAAAAGUUGACCAAACAUGAUCAGCAGUCUUUGGCUGACAAUAGUUAUUAUGAGCAUAUGAAUGGUGGUUAUGACUAUCAGGAGGAUUAUUUCAAUGAAGAGGAUGAGUACAAAUAUUUGGAAAAAGAAGAAGAAAUAUUUAAUAUACAACAGCUACAGCAAAAACACCUGCGGCAACAGUACAAGCUUUUACAAAACAAUCAGCAAGAACAACAAAACCAUUAUCAAUAUGAUAACGGUUGCGAUAUUUAUUUGGAGGAAAAUUAUCAGAGUGAAGACAGUGGCAAUUAUCUAGAUGAAAGUUCGAGUGGUAGUGUUAUUGGGGCAAAGUCCAGUGGAGCUAAGGCAAAUAAACAACCAACAGUUGAACUUAUUGAGUCACAAAGUAAUAUAGAAGAUGGUGCUUUGAAUACAGUGCGUCCGCCCACAUCGAUUGCACCCGCGGAUAAUACAGGCAGCCUAGUCAAAGGUACAUCCGCUAAUAUGGCCUCAAUUAUGGUGCAUCAAUAUCAAAUUAAAAAACAAGAUAGCAUAAUUUUGGAAGAGGAUGAAGAUGAUAUUUUAAUAAAUGAUAUGAGCGUAAGUAACGUACUACUCGGCAAGGAUGAACAGAAUCAUAACGGUAGGGCAAGCCACGAAUCGAUGACAGAGAAUGAAGAUAUCAUGUCUAAAUUGCCAUCGUUGUCCAUUGUCGCUUCCAAAAAAAAAAUGCUGAUGCGUGGUGAAACAGAAGAAGUAGUGUCGGGACAUAUGCAGAUUAUGCGGAAGCCAGAAGUUACAGCAAAACGGCGUUGGCAUUGGGCUUACAACAAAAUCAUAAUGCAGUUAAAUUGACUGUGCCCGCCUUCCACUACAUCCUAUGUUAGUCAUACUUACUUACUUUACUGUCCAAUUGGAGAUACCAAGUAGAACCAGAUCCUUCUUUACCUGGUCGUUCCAAAGGAGUAGAGAUCUUCCUCUUCCUCUGCUUCCGCCGGCGGGUACUGCAUCGAAAACUUUCUAAGCUGGAUUAUUCUUGUCUACGAUUUCAAAGUUAUGACUGUCAACACCGACAUGGGAGCCGAGUAUCGAAUGCAAUGACAAUCCGUAUUUCAUCUUGCCCUCGUUCAUUACCACACGCAUAUCUUUCUU